GGGGAGGAGUCACCCGCCGCUCCGGUUUCUCACUCUCGCUGCCUGAAAUAAAACCCUUCCAAGACUUCUUCACCAACUUUAAAUCAAUCCCAAGGAAUUUACUAAUGGGAAACUGUUAAAAGGGACCCACUUUCCGAUGGUGACCCGGAUCAGUUUGGCGUUUUAUUUAUUAGGAAGCCCGCCCGGUCGCCUUUAUGAUGGAAACGUGCGCUCGCCGUGUGCUUUUCACGGCCGCUCUGCUUGUCCUAAAUACUAUAAUAUCGGAAACUUUCUCCACAGACUCGGACACCGAUAAUCCAUUGAGUACAGAAACUUUUUAUAGCCGAAUAAGUGGUUUAAAACAAACCUCUUCCUGGCCGGGGAGAGAGGCCACUGCCACAGCCGUGGAUCUAUCGAGCGGACUGGGAGAGAUGACGGAGAUUCCCGCCAGUGUGUCCAUCACUGCAGCCCGAGAGGGACAUUCACCAAAAUCUUUACAAACCUCUACAAAUGCAGCGGAUUGGAAGACAAGUAUGACCUCAGAUGAGACAACAGAACUUCAAUCUGACACUGAGUUUACUCAUAAUGCAACCGCCCAUUGGGAGAGUCCAUCAUCAGCAUCUCACAGCAUUACCAGCAACCAUCCAAUAAAAGAGGCCCGAACAGUGCGAGAUGUAACUGGUCUGAUAGACACCACAGACUCUGUCUCCCACACUGAUAGCACCUACAUUUCCACAACCAACCGAGUUGGAGAACGCACACUGCUCUCAGUGACCUCCAACAGCACCUCUGCGUAUACCCAGAACUCAAGCAUCUCUGAUGCAGUGUCUCAAACGUCCACAUGGGAAGAGAGGACAUCAGGAGCCACGCAAGUCAAUGACGAAACUGAAAAAGCUGAGUCUACAGUGUCUGAACAGACGCAACCCACUUUUGAAGACCGCAAUGCCACCAGUGCAACUCUGGAGACUGAGCGGUCAACGUUAUCCCAAGGCACUGAGUCACAGACGGGACAACCUAGUGUCACAGGUCAGACCGUUAAGGAGGUGACUAAUAAUGACAGUCCAAAUUCAACACCGCCUCUCACAGUGACCAGUAGGGAUGUAGAGGAAACAGAUGCCACAUCGGUGAGCAGCGAGACGUCUUAUACACAAACCAGCAGUGAUUCUGCCUCCUCAAUCCUGCCUUUUACUUCUAGCGAACACAACGUCACUAGCACAUCCAGAGAGAGCCAUAAUUCCACAUUUACUUAUUCCACACAUACUGGUGGUUCCACUGAGUUUUCGACUGGAUCAGUAAGCUCUACCGCCCAUGAAGAAACUGAAGGGUCUCCAACUCACAUAGUAGACGAGACGACCCUUCAUGAUGUUACUCCUGCACCCCCAGUGCUUGAAGAUGUAGCCACCACUACUGAUGACUCGCUUUCCAAGUUCUCUGCCGGCCAAUCGCCUACCAUCCCUAAAACCGAUGACCAAACCAACACACAAGUGGUGCCAACAUCAACUCAUAGGCCACAGACUACAGAUGAAGUCACCGAUGAGACGUCUACAGUUUACAGUUCUACCACCACUUUAACUACCACAGCUCCUUCUGUCACCACCCGACAACUCCAACCACACCACACCACCUCGCAAACCCAAACACAACACACUACAAUUGUUACCACAGAUAUCAUUCAGGUACUGCGAACGACACCUUCCACAGCCCAUCAUGUGCCUACCUCGACUACCAGUGGACCACAGGCUUCAAGUACAUUGGAUUCUUUUGACGUCACCACAUUGCACUUGGAAACCAGCACAGCCACACCGGGGAACACUACAUCGCACCAUGGACGUGCAACAACGCCUUUUAGCAAGAGCAGCCCGGGUAGAACAACUGUGGUAGUGACCACUGGACAUCACACUGAUAAAAGCACUACAGAGACAGGAAGCGCAACCACACAGAUGCCUCUUAGGACAUCAGCAUCACCAGGCCGUGUAUGUGGACCUAAAACCUGUGCAAAUGGAGGUCAUUGUGUUAGAUCAGCUGAAGGAAGUUACUACUGUCAGUGUCUCUCUGCAUGGACAGGACCGUCCUGCACUGAAGAUGUGGACGAGUGUGUGAACAGUCCGUGUCCUCAGGGUUCAGUGUGUGUCAACACAGGUGGUUCUUUCAGCUGUGAAUGUGACCUGGGCUUUGAUCUGGAGGAUGGCCGCAGUUGUACACAAGUCAAGACGUUUUUGGGCACUUUUACCGUCAACAACUCUCUUCAUCUUAGAAAUUCAGGUCUGCAUGAGCUGCAAAGAGAGAUCCAACAGCUGCUCAAUGCUUCUCUCUCCAUCUUCCAUGGUCAUAGACGCUCUACUCUGGGUAAAAGAGAUGGACAAGGUGUGCAAAUCCCAGUGGUGAGCAUGUUUUUGCUCUCCUCCAAUGUGACCAGCGCGGAUGUCUUUAACAGUAUCCAGAUGUCCCUCAACAACUGCAGCCGGACUUACUCACACUGUCCCAUUAAACUUCAGCACCAGCUCUCCUAUCACGUGGAGAGCCUGUGCAUGGCCCAGAAGACCAAGUGUGAUGUGCAGUACUCAGAUUGCUCAGAUAUUAGUGGGAUUCCUAACUGUCAGUGCCUUCCUGGGUACUUUAAAAGGAACCCCGAAGACAUGACCUGCAGAGACUGUGGAGAUGGACUCAAGCUUGUUAAUGGCAAAUGUGUCGAAUGCAUGUUUGGAUUUGGAGGUUUCAACUGCAAUAAUUUCUAUAAGCUGAUAGCCGUGGUGGUCUCGCCUGCUGGAGGAGCUCUUCUGUUGAUUGUGGUCAUUGCUCUUAUUGUCACCUGCUGCAAAAAGGACAAAAACGACAUCAACAAGAUCAUCUUCAAAAGCGGAGAGCUUCAGAUGUCGCCCUAUGCAGAGUUUCCUAAGAGCAAUCGCGUGUCCAUGGAGUGGGGCAGAGAGACUAUUGAGAUGCAGGAGAACGGCAGUACAAAAAACCUCCUGCAAAUGACUGACAUUUAUUACUCGCCUGCACUGAGAAACUCCGACCUGGAGCGUAAUGGUCUGUAUCCGUUCUCGGGCCUUCCUGGUUCCAGGCAUUCCUGUAUCUACCCAGCUCAGUGGAACCCUUCCUUCUUAAGCGACGAUUCACGCCGAAGAGACUACUUUUGACAGCUUUACCCAGCAGGCAUGCAAUCUUGAUGCUGCGUGUAAGCUCUUUUGGCUUGUUGCAGAUCCUGUAGCUGGAUUCUGACCACUAAAGGCCUUUGAAUGUGAAAAUGAGCUGGCAGGAAAAGGCCAUUAUCUGCGAGACUGGAUGAAAGCCGCAGAGCCCUGUCGGGGUCAAUUUAGCAUUCGGACAAAGUGCCACAAAAAGAUUUUAGUAUGGAGCUGAUGAACUGAUGUUCUCCGCUCUCCACAAAGCGCUUAUUAUUAAGCGCAAGUCAGCGAAUUUAGACUAGACGGAGGAAGAAUAACAACACGAGAUGCCUGAGCUACAAUCUAACUUUUAUAUUAUGAAAGUUUGCACUAUGAACUUCUCACGCAGAUAUUAUUUCAAAUGGAGAAAGCCAUACAUGUUUCAUAUUUAUACUUGGAAUGAUUUACCCAGCUGGUUUGUACUGUGUUAGGGUUUUGGGAAGGAUGAGGUAUCUGGAUGCUUGUUUGAGUAUGUGCAUCAAAAGCUGAAGGGAUAAUUUCCCCCCAGAUUUCAAUUCUGUCAUUAUUUACUCUAGUACAGGGGUGCUCAAACUCAAUCCUGGAGGGCUGGUGUCCUGCAGGUUUUAGUUUCCCAAUUAGACACCUGAAUCAGUUAACCAAGCUGUAUAUAGGCCAUGGGUGCUCAAUCCUGUUCCUGGAGAUCUACCUAAAGCUGCGGUCACACUGCACUUUUUCUCCGUAGACUUCCAUUCAUACACACGCAAAUGCGUCAGACCGGAAACACGAUCUCGUGCGACAAGUUUCACAAUUCGCUGUGUUGGCAAGUUCAAGCUUGGUAAGCUUUGACCUGCGAAAUCGCAUCACUUGACUGCGGGAGACCAAUCAAGGAUCAAAACAUGAAAAAUUUAAAUAUGGACCAAUCGCUUGCUUUUUAAAUGUUUAAUCCUGCCCCUUUUCGCAGCGCCAUACUACAAAAUUCCGCAAGCUCAAACUCUAGUGUGACCACAGCUUUACUACAAAGUUCAGAUCUAACCCUGAUCAAACACACCUGAACCAAUUAAUUAGGACCUCAAUAGCACUGGAUAAUUACAGGCAGGUGUGUUUGAUACGAGUUGCAAUUGAAAUCUGCAGGAAGGUAGAUCUCCAGGAACAGAGUUGGACACCCCUAAUCUAGGCACACUAGAAACUUCCAGGCAGGUGUGUUGAGGCAGGUUAGAGCUAAACUAUGCUGGCCACCGGCCCUCCAGGACCGAGUUUAGGCACCCCUGCUAUAGUAAACCUUUGUUAGGAGUUGUUUGUUACAAAAUGUUCAGCUCUUUGCUGUAAAAUGAUUUCAGAAUCAGUUUAUUAGGAUGUUUUGAACCGUUGAAGUCAGGUCCUGAUUUAUUUGUAUUAUAUGGAAAAGAGCAGUGUGAACAUUCUUCAGAACAUCUAUUUGUUGAACAACUAGAGAGUGAAUGUAUGAUGAUAUGAUCCGCCUGUUAAGUUGAUGUAUCGGUGACGUAUGAAAUACUGUUUCCGGGUCCAAGCCGCUACUCAUUUGAAUUGAGAAAAUGUUCGUUUAAGACCAUUUUUUUUGUCAUUUCUAGGCCCACACAGAAUCUGCACAUGUAGAAAUCUGCAGAUUUUCAGCCCAUCCUUGAGUCUAUUUAUUUAGUUCUGUGUAAAUUUAUAUUUAUUCCGUUUUUAAAUUAAAUUCAGUAAUAUUAUUGACUAAUAUGAAAAUGUUCAUAUGAUUUACUUAAAGUACAGUUUGUAAAGUAAUAUUUUCUGUCUUUUAGUAGAUAUAUGGUAGAUAUCUUAUAUGAGAGAGUUGCUUUGUUUGCCAAAUAAAUGGAUCUUAUAGGAUUUGCAUUGCAAACAUUAAAGAAAAGUUAAAAAUGUAUUAUUUUUUAUUUCAUGUAUGAAGUUUUUAGUUACAAUACGGCUAAAAUCAUUCCGCAUAAAUCUGCAGAUUUUUUACAAUAUUUUACACAGAAAUAGAAAAAAAUAUCCGCAGAUCCUGUCUGGCUCUAGUCAUAUUGCACAUUAAAAUGAAUUUUUUUCUAAAAUCAUGGUGUACACGACAGUCUCUGGACUUGCUGCAUCUCAGACACCAAAAUUUGAACAGUUUAUAAAAAAAUAAUCACUUUCUGGCCAUCUGAUAUUAG